AUGGUCCAACGAACAAGAGCAGACGGUCCUUCACAGGCUGAGCAGUUGCUCAGAGUCACAUCUGGUAUUGCCGCAGAGCUCAUCAAGGCGCACGACUCAAAUGAAACGGUCUCUCUGAAUGAACUCCGCGCAAAGAUCAGCAAAAAGCAUGGCUUUGGCGGUGUACCGAGGCUCGUGGACAUUAUCAGUGCAAUUCCGGACGAAUACAAGAAAGCGCUCUUGCCGAAGCUCAAGGCAAGACCGAUUCGCACAGCGAGUGGCAUCGCCGUGGUUGCUGUGAUGUGCAAGCCGCAUAGGUGCCCCCAUAUAGCCAUGACAGGCAACAUCUGCGUCUAUUGCCCUGGAGGGCCAGAUUCCGACUUCGACUACAGCACGCAAAGCUACACGGGCUACGAGCCUACCAGCAUGCGUGCUAUACGUGCUCGAUACGAUCCUUAUGAACAAACGCGAGGGCGUGUGGAACAGUUGAAGAGUUUGGGUCAUAGUGUCGACAAGGUUGAGUUCAUUAUCAUGGGAGGAACUUUCAUGAGCAUGCCAGAAGAUUACCGCAAUGCAUUUGUGGCGCAGCUACACAACGCUCUGUCGGGUUUCACUGGCACAGACGUAGACGAGGCAGUACGAUACUCCGAACAGAGCAAAUCUAAGGCCAUCGGUAUCACAAUCGAGACGCGUCCAGAUUACUGCUUGAAGCCACAUCUAUCUCAGAUGCUCCGGUAUGGCUGUACGCGCCUGGAAAUCGGCGUACAGUCUGUAUACGAAGAUGUUGCGCGCGAUACAAACCGUGGACACACCGUACGCGCUGUCUCCGAGUCCUUUCAUCUCGCCAAGGAUGCCGGCUUUAAGGUCGUCGCGCACAUGAUGCCUGACUUGCCGAAUGUGGGUGUGGAGCGCGAUCUUGAACAGUUCAAGGAGUACUUUGAGAAUCCUGCGUUCAGGAGCGACGGACUGAAGAUCUACCCGACAUUGGUCAUCCGCGGCACCGGCUUGUAUGAGCUAUGGAGGACAGGCAGGUACAAGAACUACACUCCCAACGUGCUCGUCGAUGUUGUCGCUCGGAUACUCGCUCUUGUACCACCAUGGACCCGUGUCUACCGCGUUCAAAGAGAUAUCCCACUGCCACUUGUCACUUCGGGCAGCGAGAACUCCGGUAAUCUUCGUGAGCUCGCACUCAACCGUAUGAAAGACUUCGGGGCGGAGUGCCGGGACGUCCGGUUCCGCGAAGUUGGCAUUCAUGAGAUACACCACAAGGUUCGCCCAGAGGACGUCGAGCUUCUACGACGAGACUACGCGGCGAAUGGUGGCUGGGAGACGUUCCUCUCGUACGAAGACCCAGAGCGCGAUAUCCUCAUUGGCCUUCUGCGUCUACGCAAGUGUUCAGAGGAGGGUACAUUCCGCCCAGAGCUCGUACGGCAACCCGGUGCAAUAGGCGGUACGAGUAUUGUGCGAGAGCUGCACGUCUACGGCACGGCUGUGCCCGUGCACGGGCGCGAUCCGACCAAGUUCCAGCAUCAAGGCUUCGGCACGCUGCUCAUGGAGGAAGCGGAGCGUAUAGCGCGCGAAGAGCACGGUAGUGUCAAGCUUGCAGUCAUCUCGGGCGUUGGCACACGCGACUACUAUCGCAGAUUGGGUUAUGAGUUGGACGGUCCGUACAUGAGCAAGAUGCUGUUGUAG